AUGUACCGAUCAAGCCCUCAGAGCCCAAUUUCUUCAGCUCUUGGUGGAGCACUUACUGCACCAACUGCGAGUGGAAGCGAUAAGGCUUAUCAUCACGUGGACACAGGUACCGAACCGGGUCUGGUCAAUUUCUGUGUCAACGUCCCUCAAUGCCUCAUCGAGAAAUCCAUUCUGGGACCAAUUAAGCUGCCAUGCGGUCGAAGAAUGUUCCUGAGAUUGCUUCGCUGGACUGUCACCUCCUUUCGCGCUGACCGGACUGUUCUUGUCGAAUGA